AUGAUCCGAGACAGACACACGUUAUACAUCGCCAUUUUGUCUAUGUUGGUGGGAUUCAUCCUCGGAUUCCUGUACACUUCUUCCUUUGCUGGACUCAGGGCGACAAACAGAACGCCGUCAUCACAGAACGUUGUUGUUAAUCGGCAGAGUUUUGAACAAAAUGUGAAAUUACAAGUAAAUACAAAAGAAAAGACAGAUUUCAAAACUCCGAAUAAUGACCCCAUUCAAAAAAUUAGUCCCUCGGGUUCAAACUCAUUAUUGUUAACUAAGCCUGAAUUCUGGGGUACUGUAAUCACUAGAAGUGACUCAGGCUGGCAAAAAAUGGAUAAAUUCUGUGAUCCUUCGGAGAAAUUUGUUCGUACGCAGCUUCGUGGACCACAACAAACUCCUAUUCAUGUGUAUACACCACAGGAAGACCAGUGGGUUUCCGGCAAUAUCAUUCGACAAGGAAUGUGGGAAGGAAAUCUUGUUAGAAAAAUUCACGAUAUACUGAAAAACGAACCAGAAGUUGUGUUUUUGGAUAUCGGUGCCAAUGUGGGAGUUUUUUCACUGACUGUUGCCAAACUUGGUCGCUAUGUCAUAGCUGUGGAUGCCCUUGAGGGAAAUGUCGCUCGCCUGUGUCGCUCCGUCCAGGAUGGAAAUUUAGGUAGUCACAUGACUAUCAUUCACAAUGCGUUGUCAUAUCAACGAGAAAAAGUAUCUCUUGGAACUCAUAAAAAGAACAUUGGAGGAACAUAUGUUAAGAAACUGGAAAAAAUGGGACUAGAUAAAGUAGGCCAAAAUUCACUAGUAGUUGACGCAAUUCUUUUAGAUGAUUUGCUAGAAAUAUUCAAUAUUAAAAGAGCAGUCAUAAAGAUGGAUGUUGAGACUUUUGAAGCCAAUGUCCUAAAAGGAGCUGAGAAAUUCUUUAAAGCUGUUCAGGUGGACUAUUUACUUAUGGAGUUUGUGUCGCAUAGAGGAAAAAACAGCGGGAAUUUUAUAGUGGACUUCCUUAAAAAUCAUAGCUUAGUUUCGGAAUAUUCUAAUAAGAACCAUGCUACAUGGUCCGGCGAAGUCAUGUUUAAAAGAGUGUCUUCAUGAUUAUACACGAAUAGUAUAGGAUAUUUAUUAAUUAAUUCACCCUCUUCGAUUGGCCCACUCAUUCAGAGAGUAACGAACCACAACUCUGUAUGGGAUAUUGAGAGAGUACGAACGACAACUCUACAUGGGAGAUUGUUAUUUAAAUUUCUCAUUUGUAACUGACAGAGAAAUAAGAGAAGAACUGCAAAAGGCAGUCUUUUUAGUAGACUAUCAAGAAUUAAAUGAUAAAAUGUUGAA